UGAUAAAUUUGAACUUGUAACUACAAUAGGGAGGCGGUUUUAGACAUCACUACACCAUGAUGAAUUACCGCCAAUCCGCGUUUCUUGGGGUAAUUGUGAUCGUUUUGAGAAUACUUACUACGCGUGGAAAUGAAACUCCUACUAUAGAUUCGGCAAAUAAAACAGGUAAGGUACCUGAAAAUGUUGGUACAAUGACAGACUCUAUGGCCACCACAGGUACAGCACCUGGUGAUACAGCUUCCAGAGAAUACAUGGGAUCUACGAGUACAGCACCAACUGAUACAACAAACUCCACGUUUCAAGUGCCCUAUUUUUUAAACAAGAGCUCUGCAAUAUUUAAAGAAUUCCAAACAAUAACCUUGUUCUGCCGAGCACAAGUCAAGGACAACAUGCGUUUUUCCUGGUUUUUCCGCCAUGCUACAUCAUACUUUGUGAGGGAGUAUGGCUACGAUGCUAGUAUGCCCAUGGGCUUCUUCAAUAGAUUUGUGGACAGAUAUACAGUAAGUGAGACGAUCACCAAUGAAUACUUGACGAGCGUCCUAGAGAUCCGAUCUGCUCUGCCCGGGGACAGGGGAUGGUACAGCUGUAAGGAUGUCGGGAAGAAAAUCAAUAGCACGACCUAUGUCGAAUUUGAAUACGAUACAUGCAGAGGCAAUGGAGUUUAUUCAGCGGAGUUCGGGUGUAUAGAGUUUAUCAGUGAAGAAGAGUGCAGGAAUAACGAUGGAUCGUUGGCCAUCAUCCACUCACGUCGCAAGGAUAAAUGGAUAUUCGAUUUAGCAUUUCACCUGGACCAGUCAGUAACGGAUGAACUGAAGCUUGGAUUGACACUGUCUGCAAAUACGAUGUUAUGGAAAGAUUUUAAGUGGAAAGAUGGCUCCUCCUUAACGUUCGUCGAAUGGUUCGGUUUUGGCCGAUCAGCGUCCUCGUGUAAAAGAUGUUUGGAGGAGGAUGUCCCGUUGAGCCUCGGAAUAAAAUUCCACAUGGACGCACCGCGGGUAUGGCAGUGGACGAACAAUCAGGAUGUUGUGUGCGAGUGGCCAACACCACGAAAUCUUACAGGAGUCAAAAUCGUCCCAGCCAACACUACAUACAAAGGAGACAAAGAGCUGUUCCGAUGUAGGGAGUCCAGAGAGUACAUCUCUACCGAGUUCGUGUGUGAUACGGUCCGUGACUGUUUAGACCGAUCGGACGAAGAGAACUGUGGACCAGAAUGCUCCGGGAGAAGUUUUCAAUGUAAUUGUGGAGGCUGUAUCUCGGCGUCGAAUGUUUGUGACUUUUACAAGGAUUGCGGAGAUGGAUCAGACGAGGACAAUUGUUUCCAUCCUGAAUCCUGUCCAGACGGUUACUGGCAAUGUGAUACCAAACAAUGCAUUCCGCCGUAUGACGUAUGUGAUGGCGAGGUAGAAUGUGCAGAUGGCAGUGACGAAAAGGAGACAUUAUGUAAAGAGAAUGAGUACGUCCCGACAGCGGACAGCUACAGGUGUACCAAUCCUGACGUCAUCUUUCCUUCAGCCAGACUGUGUGAUAUGACCAUUGAUUGUUUGGACGUUAAAGAUGAAGACACCCAGAACGUGAAAUGUCCUCGGCGUGUGUACUCGUGUGGAAGUUUGAUGUUUUCGUCUGAAAUAAACAUAAUAAUAAACAUGAUAUUGCUGUGA